UGAAAAUGAGCGCUACAGUUACCCUCUCGAAAGAAACAUAUGGCCUCUAGGAAGUAGAAACAUCUACUCCCAGCUCACAAAGUCCUUACUCUCUGGCCGGAUAAUGGAAUUCUCACUCAGCACCCCACACUAUCCCAACACCACCUCUCCCUUCUCCGCCGUCGGCGUCGUCCUCAACCUGAACCAAAAACACCACUCCACCACCACAACUUGUCUCUCUUUCUCUCUCAAACCAACACCUCCGCCGCCGCCAAAUUCUGACAGCCCCAUCAGCUCCUCCCCUCCAUCUAACCAACUUCGCCGGCCCAAAACCCUCAAAACCGCUUCUCCACCCACCAAACCCACCUCCAAAUUCCGCUCUAACCCCUUCAAGAACCUCAUUAAUCCCGCCCAAGUCCCUACCCCACCAAUUAACACCACCACCAACGCCAAUUCACACCCGCUCACUGACAAGCUUUGGCUCACUAGCAAGCUCUCUCCCCCACCUCCACCUCCACCUCCAUCUCCUUCUCCACCUCCGCCGCCUGAAACAGAUACUUCUGAAGAAACCCAAAAACCCAUCAAGGACAAUGAGCCCGGAAAGAAUUCGGAGCUACCCAAAGUUGAGUUGCGGCAGGAGGGUAAAAUCUUUGUGGGAAAUUUGCCCAACUGGGUCAAGAAAAAUGAGGUUUCCGACCUUUUCCGGCAAUUUGGGCCCAUAAAGAGUGUGAUUCUGAUUAAGGGUCAUUCAAGCACUGAGAGAAAUGCAGGUUUCGGGUUUGUUAUUUAUGGUGGUAAGACUGCAGCUAAGUCGGCCACAAAGGCUGUGGAGUUCGAUGGCAUGGAGUUCCAUGGGAGGGUUCUGACCGUCAAAUUGGAUGAUGGGAGCAGAUUGAAGGACAAAACUGAGGAGAGGACACGGUGGCUUGAAGGGCACGACAGUGUUGAGUAUCAGUCUCAGUGGCAUAAAGAGCGGGAGAACUCGCGUAAGGCAUUGCGCAAGGUUAUGGAUACUGAACCUGAGAAUUGGCAAGCAGUUGUUCGGUUUUUUGAGAGAAUUAAGAAGCCUUCCAGAGGAGAAUAUGGCCUGAUGGUGAAGUAUUAUGCAAGGCGAGGGGACAUGCAUCGUGCUCGUGAAACUUUUGAGAGCAUGCGAGCAAGAGGAAUAGAACCAACAUCACAUGUGUACACAAGCCUUAUUCACGCUUAUGCAGUUGGCAGAGACAUGGAUGAAGCAUUAUCAUGUGUUAGAAAAAUGAAGGAAGAGGGCAUUGAAAUGAGUUUGGUGACUUACAGUAUCGUUGUUGGGGGAUUCGCAAAAGUUGGCAAUGCUGAAGCUGCAGAUUUCUGGUUUAAGGAGGCCAAAGAGAGACAUACAACUUUGAAUGCAAUCAUUUAUGGGAAUAUUAUAUAUGCUUAUUGUCAAACAUGCAAUAUGGAUCGCGCCGAGGCAUUAGUGAGGGACAUGGAAGAAGCAGGCAUAGAUGCUCCUAUUGACAUUUAUCAUACCAUGAUGGAUGGCUACACAAUUAUGGGGAAUGAAGAUAAAUGUUUGAUUGUGUUUGAACGACUCAAGGAAUGUGGCUUUACACCUUCAGUUAUCAGUUAUGGAUGUCUGAUCAAUCUUUACAUUAAGAUUGGAAAAGUUUCUAAAGCCCUGGAAGUUAGCAAAGUGAUGGAAUCAGCUGGCAUUAAGCAUAACAUGAAGACCUACUCCAUGUUAAUCAAUGGAUUUUUGAAGUUAAAAGAUUGGACUAAUGCAUUUUCAGUUGUAGAAGAUUUGGUAAAGGAUGGGUUGAAGCCGGAUGUAGUCCUUUACAAUAACAUUAUAACAGCUUUCUGUGGAAUGGGUAACAUGGACCGUGCCAUUCGCACCAUUAAAGAAAUGCAGCGGGAGAGACAUAGACCUACAUCACGGACGUUUAUGCCAAUAAUACAUGGUUUUGCAAGGUCUGGAGAAAUGAGAAGAGCCCUCGAGAUUUUCGAUAUGAUGAGGAUGAGUGGGUGCAUUCCCACUGUGCAUACAUUUAAUGCUCUGGUUCUUGGUCUUGUGGAGAAGCGGCAGAUGCAGAAGGCUGUUGAAAUAUUGGAUGAGAUGACACUAGCAGGCAUAAAUCCAGACGAGCACACAUACACAACUAUCAUGCAUGGUUAUGCAGCUUUAGGUGAUACUGGCAAAGCCUUUGAGUAUUUUACCAAACUGAGGAGUGAGGGCCUGGAGAUUGAUGUGUUCACAUAUGAGGCUUUGCUGAAGGCAUGUUGCAAGGCAGGCAGAAUGCAAAGUGCAUUAGCGGUCACCAAAGAAAUGAGUGCUAAACGCAUUCCAAGGAACACCUUUGUUUACAACAUAUUAAUUGAUGGAUGGGCUCGAAGAGGUGAUGUUUGGGAGGCUGCUGACUUGAUGCAGCAGAUGAAAAAGGAAGGGGUUCGAUCUGAUAUUCACACCUACACAUCUUUCAUAAAUGCUUGUUGCAAGGCUGGAGAUAUGCAGAGAGCUGAAAAAAUAAUUAAAGAAAUGGAAGCGCUUGGAGUGAAGCCAAAUGUGAAAACCUACACUACGUUGAUAAAGGGUUGGGCGCGUGCUUCUCUCCCAGAGAAGGCCUUGAGAUGCUUCAAAGAGAUGAAGUCAGCUGGGUUGAAGCCGGACAGAGCUGUAUACCAUUGCUUGAUGACAUCUCUGCUGUCAAGGGCUACUGUUGCUGAAGUUUACAUCUACUCGGGCCUUCUGUCCAUUUGUAAAGAGAUGAUUGAAUCUGGGUUGACUGUUGAUAUGGGAACUGCAGUUCACUGGUCGAGGUGCUUACGCAAGAUUGAAACAACAGGUGGGGAGCUUACAGAAGCCCUGCAGAAGACCUUCCCACCUGAUUGGAGCUCAUUUCAUACCUUAGAUGGAAGUUCAGAUGUGGACAGUGAUGAAGAAAUAGAUGUUAUCAGUGACGAUGAUGAUACGGAGUUUGCUAGUAGAAUAAACGGUGAUGAAUUUAUGGAGAGGAUGGUCUAAACGACAGAACCCGUUUCUAAAUCAUGUUACUAACAAAGGAUAUAGCACGCUACUGCACAUCCAGACGUUAUGCACGCUGGUCCGGACUCUAUAGCUUCAUUUAAAGCAGUGAGGUUGAAGAAAUUUUAGAUUGCUGGAAUGGUUUUAGCAGGAUGAAAACCAGUGCCAUUAUUGAUAUCAUGAUUCUUUGUUAGCGUAAAUGUUCUUUUGUACAGAACUUAUUUUUUAUUUGAAUUUUUCAAGUUUUUGAACAGAAACGGCAAUUAGGUUUUGUUUGGGUUUUUCCAAGUGACACAAUUCGUUGUUUUUCUUAAA